UUCAUGGAGAGACCGAAGAGAGAGAGGGAGAGAGGUAAGGGGUUGGGAAAAAUGAGAUUGUAAGAACACAAACAAAACUGAGGAAGGGAAAUUCAAUUCCCUUCGUCGUCUUCAACGGCCAAAUUCAUCAAUCUCACACCCCAAAAGGGUGAGAGAAGAAGAAAAAAUAUCAAACAACACCGUCGUCUUCAAAGACAAAAUCUAGUUCCAACAACAACACAUGUGGGUUUUUGGAUUGUCGUUGCAGCAGGAACAACAAAACUCACUGUGUUUUUAAGGUGGCCAUUAUUAACAUGAGCACCACCAACGGCAACUCCUACCACCACAAUAAGACGGUCUCUCCCUCCCCUUCCGUGGCCGCCUCGGUGGUAUCUUCCAAUGUCAAAACCAGAAGGGUCUACCAAGUUUGGAAAGGAAACAAUAAAUUUCUAUUUGGUGGAAGAGUAGUCUUCGGCCACGAUGCAUCAUCUCUUUUCUUAACAUCGUUCCUGAUUGGAGGUCCAGCAAUAACAUUCUGCAUAAGAAUGCUGUUAACAAUAAAAGAGGAAGACCCUCACUAUAGCCACCACCUUGUACUUAUUGGAGGAGUGAUUCUCACAAUUUUGGAUUUUACUUUUCUCUUUAUGACAUCUGGUAGAGAUCCAGGAAUUAUCCCCAGGAAUUCACAUCCACCUGAAUCAGAUGAAUCAGUUGACACAAAUACACCAUCUAUGGAGUGGGUAAACAAUAAAACUCCUAAUCUGAAACUACCUAGAGUGAAGGAUAUGAUAGUCAAUGGCCAUACAGUGAAGGUGAAAUUCUGUGAUACUUGCUUGCUAUAUCGUCCACCUCGUGCUUCCCAUUGCUCUAUCUGCAAUAACUGUGUGCAGAAGUUUGAUCAUCAUUGCCCUUGGGUUGGUCAGUGUAUUGGAUCACGUAAUUAUCCAUUCUUCAUAAUGUUCAUAUCAACAUCAACGUUGUUGUGUAUAUAUGUGUUCGCAUUUUCUUGGGUUAACCUUCUUCGAAAUAGCGGUAGCUUGUGGUCAACCAUGUCACACGAUGUCCUCUCGGUUACUCUCAUUGUAUAUUGCUUCAUAGCCGUUUGGUUUGUUGGUGGGCUAACAGUAUUCCAUCUUUAUUUGAUCUCCACCAACCAGACAACUUAUGAGAAUUUCCGCUACCGCUAUGAUAAGAAGGAAAACCCAUAUACAAGGGGAAUUGUGACAAACUUUAAAGAACUUUCCUGUUCCAAGAUUCCAAGAUCAUUGGUCAAUUUCAGAGCAUGGGUUAGAGAAGAGGAUGAUGUUCAAGAUGAAUCCUUUACUUCAGAUCUCGAAAAGGGUUUCAUAAGCUCAAAACAGAAAUUCGACAUGGAAAUGGGAACUGUGUAUGGCAAGGAUGGCAUGCGAGUUCCUAAUAUUUUACAGGAUUUGGAUUAUAACGGCAUUGAUGAUCAUUCGAAGAAGAAAGCAGGAGCAAAAGAAACUGCAUUUGAUAUUUUUGUUCCUGCUGAUCAAGAUGUAAAAUAUGCCCAAUGGAAAUCCAAACCUGGAGUCAAUGCUCAUGACGAGAAGCAAUAGCUCCUUCAGAUUGCAUUGCUGGUUCUUUAGAGUAAAAGAUCCAUUUGGGCAUAUCCUGAAAGGGAAUAUUUAUAGGCAGUGGAUUUUAGAGGUUGGAAUGCUGUUUCACCAAUGAACGGGGUGGCGUGAAUGGGGUUGAGUUGUGACUUCUUUUUUUUUGAAUGGAAGUUGUAAAAGGAAACAAAUGAAAUUUGUCAAUGGUAACUCAUGUUCUUCUCAGUUCUCAGUACUCAAUGGAGAAAAGAUUGACAAAGUUGCAAAAAAAUUGUCACACGUUCACAUAUCAGUACUGCAAGACAUACAAAUGAAUGAAGGAGCUAAAUUAAUGUAUGUUGGACAAUGCCUUUUCUUUCUUUUUUUCCUUAGCUUUAGUGUAAAAUGCGUUAUAUUUGCAUGCUUGCUACUUCUCCAUUGUGACAAACGUUUUAUUCAAAGAAAUCAAGGUUUCAGGUACCCCACAUGGGGACCAUGCUUUCUCUCUUUGU